AUGUACACCAAGAAGCUGGAGCGGAUGCACCGCCCGGCCUCGGACAUCACCAAGUAUGACAAUGAGCCGUACAUGAAGAACCCGCUGCUCAAGUUUCGCAUCAGUGAGGUUCACGAGCGCCGGCACUAUCAGUUCCUCAAGCAAAAGGCGGCGGACGUCAAAGUGCGGGUGGCCCGUCAGCAGUGGCAGCCGGAGCCGGACGUGCGCCUCCUGCCCCAGUCGCACUACGAGGACAACCUGCGGCGUGAGGUGAGGAAGAUUGUGGUGCCGCCGAUGCUGCGUCGCACGGAGGCCAAGAUCCUCAGCUUCGCCUCGGAGCGGCUAAAGAACAAGUACCCGGAACUGGUGCAGGCCUACAUGCAGGACGUUCACCAGGAGUUCAACCGCCUGAUGAAGGUCUACAGCAUGAAGAAUAUCCUGCGCCAUCCGGAGUUUUCCGACGAGGAUCCGGCUCAAUUCGAAUUGCCGCAUCCGGACAUCGGCUUCCGGCGGCCGGGUCGCACCCAGAACUACUCCAACUUUCUGGAGAACCGGCGUCGCAUCGCCCAGAAGCUACUGAUCCUGCAGCUUCCGCUGCGGGCCAUCCUCAACAUAUCGGUCGGGGAACUACCCAAUCUGGCCUGUGUCUUCCACUAUGUCCUGGCCACCGGCGCCAUGCAGCAGCAGUUGGGACUGGGAGGACGGGAGGCGCUGUCCUACAAGUUCUACCGCAAGUACAUCCAGAACCAACUGGACAAGGUGAACACUUUCCUGAGGUGGACCUGGUAUCCCAAGGUGGUGCUGGUGCUGCGCAAGCUGAUGCGCAAGCGCGUGAUGCCGAUGAGCACAUGGAAAAGGGCCUGGAACGCUCUGGAGGGCCUGAUGAAUCGCGAGAUGACCAACAUGAAGAUUCGCACAUUCGAAGAGAUGUACCGGAUGUGCAGUCACCCGCGCACAAUGCCCAUGCUGCGCUUGUCCCUGGAGUGGGCCGAGUUCUCCAGCGAUCUGGACACACGGCCCAAUCUCUGGGCUAUCCUCAGGACAUUCGCCGAGAUCGCCACCGAGAUAUCGAUGGUGGGCUACCGCAUGGAGCCCCUGCAGCCGCAGGUGCAGACGCUUACCUCCAUGGCCAUGUACGCGAAGGUGAACGAUUACCUCAAGAUCGAGAUGAAUGAGAACUUUCUAAAGGAUGUGAUCGAUAAGGUUCAGGACAUAAUCUUGCGCACGUAUCAAGAGGUUACCCAGUACAUCGAUGGUUUCCGGGAAAAGUACUAUGCGCUGUACUCUUGGCAGGAGCGAGACGCCCUUAACCAGUUUCUGUCCGAGCCACAUGAAUUUGAGGAGUACUUUGCCCGGAUUGACAUGUACUACGGGUUCAUCCAAAUGCUGCGAAGCGAGCCCGGAACCGAGUACUUCGUAAUGGCCGUCAUACACAACGAGCCAGCAGUAAAUGGCCUCCGAACUCUGGCCGAGAAUCUGAUCGACGAGAUUACCACGAUUAUUAUCCGGGAGCACAUUAAGGCAGAAGUAGAAAUCUGUGAUGAGUUUGAGAAAAUCAAAUACCGGGCGCUGGAGAUCCCCAAAUCAACGGAGGAACUACUGGAGAGUGCUGAGUACAUGAUCCACGUGAAAAAGGACAAGAUCGCCGAGUUGACCGACCGCAUCCAGUACUGCCUGCAGGUCGGUACCAAUAUCGUGGAGCUGACCGAGAUGUCUAAGUACCACUUUGACCUGACCAUCAAGACGAUCAAUUGGAUCAAGGACAUCAACGACAUCUGCGACUAUAAUGCCUCGCAGCAGGAGCAAUUUAAAUUCACAUUCGAGGAGCACCUCCAGGAAGUCAUUAAGAAACUGAACGCGGAUAUAGAUGACCUGCUGCCCAAGUUGGCCGUCAUCGACGACAUGAGUCGGCCGGACAAGUUCCGGGAUAGCUAUAUCAUUUUGCAGAAUUUUAUAGAUCAGCUAAAGACCUUCGACGACUACGUGGCUUGGAUCAACAAGGAGGAGAAGCUCUUCAAGGUCGCCCAAACGGAGUAUCCCAAGCUGGAGAUCAUUAAAACGUUUGUGUAUCCCUUUGCAGAGCUAAUGAAAUGCUGUAUUGAGUGGCAGCGUUACUUGAGCGUUUGGAACGAUGGGCCUUUCGAGUACCUGGAACCGCAGUUUGUGGAGAGAACUACAGAUGAUUACCUUAAGGAGUUCCAGAAGAAUCAAAAGUACUACAGAGUCAAGAUUAAACAGGAUCUUAUCGAUAAUCCCGUGUGUAAAUUCAAGGGUCAAACUGAAGAUCCGGACCCAGCCAAGCACCCGGUGCCCCUGCGACUCUGCACCGCGAUGAUCCAGUCGAUCAAGGAUUUCACCACCGGUGUUUUUAUAGUGAACAUCAUGUGCAAUCCUGCUCUGCGGAAGCGCCACUGGAAGGAGAUGUCCGACAUUGCCGGAUGGGACGUCACACCCGAUUCGGGAACCACCCUGCGCAAGAUCCUUAACUCCGGCCUGGACCCCAUUCUGGACCAAUUCGAGAUCAUCAGCAUUGGAGCCAAUAAGGAAUUGCAGUUGUGGAACGCGCUGCAAGCUAUGAUCAAGGAGUGGGAGACCAGGGUGUUUCCCUAUGGCCCCUACAAGGAGACGGGGGUGCAGAUCCUCAGCAGCUUGGAUGACAUCCAAGCCCUCCUCGAUGACCACAUUCUUAAGACGCUGGUCAUGCGAGGAUCGGCCUUCAUGAAACCCUGCGAGGAGGAGGUGCGGGCCUGGUAUGAAAAGAUCAUGCGGGUAAACGAAACACUGGAUCAGUGGGGCAAGGUGCAGGCCAACUACCUGUACUUGCUGCCCAUCUUCUCAUCGAAGGACAUCGUGGCCCAGAUGCCGGAGGAGGGUCGCCUCUUUGUCAUCGUAGAGCAGACAUACACCAGGAACAUGGGCUUGGUCCUUCGCCAGCCGCUGGUGAUGGAAACGGCACCGGUUUCGGGUCUGCUGGAGUCCCUGCAAAAGGCCAACGAGUUGCUGGAGGACAUAGCUACCGGCGUGAGUAACUAUCUGGAGAAGAAACGUCUGUACUUUCCGCGCUUCUUCUUUCUGGCCAACGACGAAAUGUUGGAGAUCCUGUCCGAGACAAAGGACCCACUGCGUGUUCUUCCCCAUCUGAGCAAGUGCUUCGAGGGCAUCAACAGCCUGGAGUUCGAUGCGGCCAAGAAUGUGCUGGCCAUGAUCAGUAGUGACAAGGAAUCAAUUGAGUUCAUGGAUCAGGUCUCCACAGCGGCGGCCGGUGGAAGUGUGGAGAAGUGGCUGAUUGGAGUGGAGGACGAGAUGCUCAAGGCGGUGCGCUACCAGAACGAGCUCUCCUUUGCUCACUACCCGAAGGUGAAGCGAAACGAGUGGGUGCUAGAGUGGCCCCAGAUGACGGUACUGGCCAUCUCGCAAGUCUACUGGGCGUCCCGCGUCCACGGAUGCCUGCGUCGCACCUUCGGCGGCAACAUGACGGUCAUGCUGAACUUCUUCCAGGAGCUGUCCAAGGAGCUAAACGACAUUGUGACCUUGGUUCGCUCGCCGAAGAUUAGCAACCUAAACCGGAUCACCAUCAAGUCCCUUAUUGUGAUCGAUGUGCAUGCCAAGGACGUGUCCGAGGAUCUCAUCAAGAACAAAGUCAGCAGCGAGUUCGACUUCCAGUGGCUGGCACAGAUGCGUUACUACUGGGAGGACGACAAGACCUGGGUAAGAAUCAUCAACGCCACGGUGCCCUUUGCCAACGAGUAUCUGGGCAACUCGGAUCGCCUGGUGAUUACCCCGCUGACGGAUCGCUGCUACCGCACCCUGGUGGGAGCCUACCAACUCCAUUUGAACGGAGCUCCUGAGGGACCUGCUGGAACGGGCAAGACGGAGACCACCAAGGAUCUGGCCAAGGCUCUUGCCGUGCAGUGCAAGGUGUUCAAUUGCUCGGACGGCUUGGACUACAAGGCAAUGGGCAAGUUCUUCAAGGGAUUGGCCUCAUGCGGCGCCUGGGCCUGCUUCGACGAGUUCAACCGAAUCGAGUUGGAGGUGCUCUCCGUGGUGGCCCAACAAAUACUGCUCAUCAUCCAAGCGGUUCGCAGCAACGCCACCAAGUUCAUGUUUGAAGGCACCGAGUUGACUCUCAAUCCUGCCUGCUAUGUGUGCAUUACCAUGAAUCCCGGUUAUGCUGGUCGAUCCGAACUGCCAGAUAAUUUGAAAGUGCUCUUCCGUUCUGUGGCCAUGAUGGUGCCGGAUUACGCCAUGAUCGGAGAGAUCUCCCUGUACUCUUACGGUUUCGUGGACGCCCGCAAACUGGCCGUCAAGAUUGUGACCACCUACCGCCUCUGCUCGGAGCAGUUGUCCAGCCAGAAUCACUAUGACUACGGCAUGCGAGCCGUGAAGACGGUGCUCUCCGCCUGCGGAAACAUCAAGAAGCAGUUCCCAGACGAGGUGGAGGACAUCCUGUUGCUGCGCAGCUUAAUCGAUGUGAAUCUUCCCAAGUUCCUCUCGUUCGACGUUCCCUUGUUCGAGGGCAUCAUCUCGGACAUUUUCCCAGGCAUCAAGUUGCCCCACAUCGAUUACUCCCUCGUUGAAACGGAGUUCAAGCGCGUCUGUUUGGAGGAAACUUUGGAGCCCGCCCCCAGUUUCCUGCUCAAGGUCAUUCAGACGUACGAAAUGAUUAUAGUGAGGCACGGAUUUAUGUUGGUGGGCGAACCACUGGCGGGCAAGUCCAAGACGCUCCAGGUCCUCGCCAAGGUCCUGUCCGCGCUGAAGAUUAAGGCGCCACAGAAAAGCAACUACUUUCAGCACGUCCAAAUGGGCAUUAUGAACCCAAAGUCCAUAACAAUGAACCAGCUGUACGGCUCUUUCGAUCCCAUCUCGUAUGAGUGGACAGACGGCCUAGUGGCCAAGAUCUUCCGUGACUUUGCCAUGACGCCCACGCCGGACAGGAAGUGGGUCAUCUUUGAUGGACCCGUGGAUGCCGUUUGGAUUGAGAACAUGAACACGGUGCUUGACGACAACAAGAAGCUGUGCCUGACCAGCGGCGAGGUGAUCACCAUGAGCAACGAGAUGUCCAUGGUGUUCGAGGUAAUGGAUCUGGCCCAGGCCUCGCCGGCCACAGUUUCCCGCUGCGGAAUGAUCUACAUGGAGCCGUCAACCCUGGGAUGGCGAGCAUUUGCCAAUAGCUGGCUGAAGAAGGCUGAUCCUCGGUGGGCGGACGAAGAGGGUGUGCCAUAUGUGAUGGCCCUGCUGCAGUGGCUUCUAACGCCAUGCCAGACCUUUGUGCGCCGAUACUGCAGCCAGUUCAUCAAGCCAGGGGAGUUCAACUGCAUGCUGACCACCUUUGACCUGUUUGACAUGCAGAUCGCGGAGGCGAUCGAGGAGAACCCAGAGGACUACCAGAAGUAUAUUCAGAGUUACUUCCAGGCCGCCAUCCUGUUCGCUCUAAUCUGGGGAGUGGGUGGGGUGCUGGACACAGCCUCCCGGGAGAAGUUCGAUGCAUUCCUAAAGAAGCUCUGGGACAGCGAUCCUCCGCCGCCGGAACCGCUGGGCAAGAUGGAGAUAACUCCGCCCACCGAAGGUCUGCUGGUGGACUACGUGUUCCUGUACAAACAGCGUGGAGCCUGGCGGUACUGGCCGGAUCUGGCCAAGCGCAUGGACGUGGAGGAGACCAAGACUGGGGUGAUAGUUCCCACAGUGGACACGGCGCGGUACAUUCACCUGCUGAAGAUGCACGUGGAUCACAAGAAAAGAAUGCUGCUCGUAGGACCAACUGGCACCGGAAAGACAGUCUACAUACAGAACUAUCUGAUGAACAAGCUGGACAAGGAGGUGUUCGAAACGGGAUUCAUCACCUUCACCGUAAUGAUCUCGGCCAACCAGUGCCAGGAGCUGCUCAUAUCCAAGCUGCAGAAGUGGAAGCGAGGCAUAUACGGACCGCCGAAGGGAAUGCAGAGUGUGCUCUUCGUGGACGACAUGAACAUGCCGGUAAAGGAAGUUUAUGGAGCCCAGCCUCCUCUGGAGCUGUUGCGUCAGUUCUUCGACUACGGUCACGUCUACGACCUUAAGGAUAGCUCAAAGCUGUAUAUCCACAACGUACUGAUUAUGGCCGCGUGUGGUCUACCCGGCGGAAGUCGCCAGGAUGUCUAUGCCCGAUUCCUGAACCACUUCAACGUGUAUUCUAUUAACACGUUUAGCGACGACAGCAUGUUCCGGAUCUUCCUGAACGUGGCGCUGAAUGGCUUCCGUCGUGCAGGCCACGGACAGGAUGUAUUUGUGGUGACCAACCAGAUCGUUUCGGCAACGCAGUCCAUUUACAAAUUGGUGCAGGCGGAAAUAAGGGCGACACCAGCGAAGUCUCAUUACAUAUUCAACCUGCGGGACAUUUCCCGCGUAGUGACCGGGUGCACUUUGGUGCGUAAGGAGUCGGUGUCGGACAAGAAGAUUUUCGUGCGCGUAUGGUACCACGAGGCCAUGCGGGUUUUCUACGAUCGCCUGGUGGACGACGUGGAUCGCAAGUGGAUGUUUGAGAAGCUGAACGAUUGCCUGAAGUCUAAUUUCAAGGACAAAGUGGAGAAUGUCUUCGAGAGGUACUGCGUACCGGGACCAGACGAGCAGGUGUUUACCAUGGAGGCGGCCAGCAACAUUCUUUUUGGUGUUUACUUCGACGAGGACAGCGUUCCAGAUGAGCGGCGCUAUGAGGAGGUGCCCAGUGUGGAGGUCUUUCUUAAACUGGCACUAGCCAGUCUGGACGACUACAACUCGACGCGCCGCAACAAGAUGGACAUCACCCUGUUCACCUUUGCCCUGCAGCAUCUGAACCGAAUAUGCCGCAUCAUCUCCAUCCAGGGAGCGAGUGCCCUGAUCAUCGGCCUGGGCGGAUCAGGUCGGCAGUCGCUGACCAAGCUGGCCACCAACAUGGUGCAGACAUCGUUCUUCCAGCCGGAAAUCACGAAAAACUACGGCGCGAAUGAUUGGCAUGAUGAUAUCAAGGCGAUCCUAAAGGAGGCGGGAGGGAUGAACAAGCACACCACCUUCCUGAUCACCGAGAACCAGAUUAAGAUGGAGCUCUUCCUGCAGGACAUCGACUGUCUGCUAAACCAGGGCGAAGUGCCCAACAUCUUUCCAAUCGACGAGAAGCAGGAGGUCCUGGAAAUGGUGCGUCUGGCUGCCCAAGGAGGCAAUCGCAACAUCGACGUCUCGGCGCUGCAGGUCUUCUCCUUUUUCGUGGACCGCUGUAAGCAGAAACUGCACAUGAUCCUGAGUUUCUCGCCCAUUGGAGACGCCCUUAGGACGAGAGUCCGCCUGUAUCCCUCGCUGGUGAACUGCUGCACAAUCGACUGGUACGACAGUUGGCCCGAGGAGGCGCUGCACAUGAUUGCUAAGAUGUCGCUGGUGGACGUCAAUGUGCCCAGCGAGGACAUCAAGGUGGCCAUCAUGGACACCUGCCAGUACUUCCACACGACGGCUGCGCGAUCCACGCGCGCCUUCUGCCAAAUGACUGGUCGCCACAUCUACCAGACAAACGCCUCUUUCAUCGAGCUGAUCCGCUCCUUUCAGACGCUCAUUUACCGCAAGCAGAGUGAGACGAUGCUGGCCAAGAUGCGCUACAUCGGUGGCCUGGACACACUGGCCCAGGCAGCGGCGGCCAUCUCGAUUAUGCAGCGAGAUCUGAAUGCCCUGCAGCCCAAGUUGGUGGCCUUGGCGGAGGCUUCCCGCAAAAUGAUGCUCGAGAUCAACAAGGAAACACUAGCUGCCAGCGCCGCCGCCGAGCAAGUGAAGCGGGAUGAGGAGGUGGCUUCCGUGCAGGCCGAAGCCGCUCAGGUACUGAAGCAGGACUGUGAACGGGAUCUGGCCAAGGCCAUUCCUGUCCUGGAGGAUGCCCUGGCUGCUUUGAACACCCUCAAACCGGCUGACAUAACGCUGGUUAAGUCGAUGAAGAAUCCCCCGCCCGUGAUCAAGCUGGUCAUGGCCGCAGUCUGUGUGAUCAAGGGCAUUCCACCGGAGCGAAUUCCGGACCCAGCCUCAGGAAAAAUGGUGCAGGACUACUGGGGACCCAGCAAGCGACUGCUGGGCGAGAUGAACUUCCUGCCGGCCCUAAAGGAGUUCGACAAGGACAAUAUUCCGCCGGAUAUCAUAAAGCGCAUUCGCAAGGAGUUUAUCCCCAACAAAGACUUCGACCCCAAAGUGGUGGCCAAAGCCUCGAGCGCCGCCAAGGGUCUGUGCCAGUGGAUCAUCGCCAUGGACAUGUACGACGAGGUGGCCAAGGUGGUGGCGCCCAAGAAGGCCAAGCUGGCUGGCGCUGAGAAGGAGUACGCCGACACCAUGGAGUUCCUGGCCCAGAAGCGGGCCUUGGCCCUGGCCCUGGAGGAGAAGGUGGCACUGCUGAAUAUCGAGUUGGACAAGGCGAAUGCGGAGAUGCAAAAGACGGAGGAUCAUGCCGAGAGCUGCCGGAACAAGCUGCUUCGGGCGGAGGCCCUUAUCGGUGGAUUGGGUGGCGAAAAGUCGCGCUGGAACAAGGCGGCAGAGGAUCUGCAGGAGCUAUAUGACCACCUGCCCGGGGAUGUGCUCAUUUCCUGCGGCAUCAUUGCCUACCUGUCGGCCGUGAAUCUGCAGUACCGCUCGGAAUGCGUCAAGGAUUGGUUCAAGAAGGUCACCGACCUGAAGAUACCCUGCUCCGCCCACUACUCCAUCUCUGAUGUUCUGGGCCUGGAGGUCACCAUCCAGAACUGGCAGCUGGACGGGUUACCCAACGACGAGUUCUCCAGCGAGAAUGCCAUUAUCUCGGCCAAUUCCAGCCGGUACAGCCUAUUCAUCGAUCCGCAGGCCCAGGCCAACAACUGGCUGAAGAACAUGGAGCGGAAGAACCGGCUGAAUUGCGUCAAGUUCAACCAGAGCAACUACAUGAAGGUAAUCGCGGAGGCUCUGGAGUACGGAACACCCGUGAUCAUUGAGAACGUACAGGAGGAACUGGAGGUCCCGCUUGAUCCCAUCCUGAUGCGACAGACCUUCUUGCAGGGCGGCGUUAAGCACAUCAGCCUGGGUGAGGCGGUGGUGCCGGUAAAUCCGAACUUUCGCCUGUACAUGACCUGCAACCUGCGCAAUCCGCACUUUCUGCCGGAGACCUUCAACAAGGUGACCGUCAUCAACUUUGCCCUCACCCAGAACGCCCUGAUGGAUCAGCUGCUCAGCAUUGUGGUGGCCAAGGAGCGACCUGACCUGCAGGAGCUGCGCAUCACGCUCACCACAGAGGCGGCGGCCAAUAAGGGAGCUCUACGGGAUGCAGAGAACAUGAUCCUGAAGACGCUUAGCGCUGGCGGCGACAUUCUGGAGAACGAGGCUGCCAUCCAAAUCCUGGCGGAUUCCAAGGGACUGUCCAAGGACAUCGUGGAGAAGCAGGAGGCAGCCAAGGAGACGGUGGCCAAGAUUGAGGCCUUCCGGCUCAACUACAAACCCGUGGCUGUGCACUCCUCCAUCCUGUACUACUCCAUCACGGAUCUGCCCAACAUCGAUCCCAUGUACCAGUUCUCCCUAAAUUGGUACAUUAAUCUCUACAUGUACUCCAUUGAGACGGCCAACAAGUCCAAGGAUCUGCCCAGGCGCAUCAAGUUUCUGGUGGAUGGCUUCACUCGAAAUCUGUAUAACAACGUGUGCCGCUCCAUUUUCGAGAAGGAUAAGCUGCUCUACUCCUUUAUCCUCACCGCUCGCAUCCUGCUGGGCACGGGUCAGGUGGAGAUGCGCCACUUUGCCCACCUGGUCACCAAUGCCAAGGAGUCCACGAACCUGCCCCCCAACCCGGAUCCCAGCUGGAUAACAGAGACCGUGUGGCUCAAUGUGCUCCGCCUGGAGGAGCUGAAGGAGCUGCGUGGCAUCGUGGAGCACUUCAAGAGCAAUCUGCGUGCCUGGCAGGCGAUCUACGACCACUUUUCGCCGGAGAAGCAACCACUACCGCCUCCGUGGCACGACAAGACCACCGCCUUCGAAAAGAUCAUCGUUCUGAAGGCUCUGCGGCCCGACUCUGUUUUCCUGGCGGUGCGGAUCUUCAUCGCCGAGUGCAUCGGAGAUCAGUAUGUGACGCCGCCGGAGUUUGACAUCUCCAAGUCGUAUGCCGACUCCACAGCCCUCACACCGUUGGUGUUUAUCCUCUCGCCCGGAGCGGACCCACUGGGCUCCCUGUUGGCCUUUGCCGAGAAGAUGGGUCAGGAAGAGACCUUUCAGAGCAUUUCCUUGGGUCAGGGACAGGGCCCCAUUGCCACGGCUCUGAUCAAAAAUGCCCAGGAGAUGGGCUACUGGGUGUGCCUGCAGAACUGUCAUUUGGCCGCUUCCUGGAUGCCCUACUUGGAAUACCUCUGGGAGAACAUGGACACCUUCAACACCACGCCCAACUUCCGAAUAUGGCUAACCGCUUAUCCCACGCCCCAGUUCCCUGUCACCAUCCUCCAGAACGGGGUAAAGAUGACCAACGAACCGCCCACGGGACUCAAGGAGAACCUGAUGCGCUCCUACAACUCGGAGCCGAUUAACGAUUAUGAGUUCUAUACGGGUUGUGCCAAGCAGGAUCGUGCUUUCACCCGGCUGCUCUACGGCAUUUGCUUCUUCCAUGCGGUAGUCCAGGAACGCCGGAAGUACGGCCCAUUGGGUUGGAACAUUGCCUACGGGUUCAACGAGUCCGAUCUGCAGAUCUCUGUCCUGCAGCUAAGUAUGCUGCUGAACCAGUACGACCACGUGCCCUACGACGCCAUCUCGUAUUUGACCAGCGAAUGCAACUACGGAGGAAGGGUUACGGACAACUGGGAUCGCCGGUUGAUAGUGACGAUCCUGGCAGACUUUUGCAACGCCCAGGCGGUAUCGGAUAACCGCUACAGGUUCGCCAGCGACGAUCGCUACAUCCUGCCGAGGAAGACGGAACACCGAGAGAUCCUUCGGUAUCUGGACGAGAACCUUCCAUCGCUGGCGCCACCCGAGGUGUACGGUUUGCAUGCCAACUCUGGUAUAACCCGAGACUUACAGACCACCAAGACGCUGCUUGAUUCGAUGAUCCUACUGCUGGGCAGCGAGGCUGCGGGAUCUGCCGGAGCAGGAGUUAGUGUGGAGCAGAUAAUCCUGGACACCAUCAAGCAGAUCGAACGCGAAAUGCCGCCGGACAUGGACAUCGAGGCGGCGGCGGAAAAGUACCCGGUGGACUACAACGAGUCCAUGAACACGGUGGUGGUGCAGGAGAUGGAGCGCUUCCUCAAGCUGCAGAAGGAGAUCCGUGGCAGCUGCCGGGACCUGGCUAUGGGCAUUAAAGGCAUCAUCGUGAUGACGCCCGACCUGGAGAACGUGAUGACCGCCAUGAAGUUUAACCGCAUUCCAACAAAGUGGAUGUCCAAGUCGUACCCCUGCCUGAAGCCACUCGGCUCCUACGUCCAGGAUCUUUACAAGCGGCUCAACUGGCUGCACGACUGGCAUCAUCAUGGCAAGCCGCCCACCUUCUGGCUGUCCGGGUUCUUCUUCACACAGGCCUUCCUCACCGGUGCCAUGCAGAACUUUGCCCGGAAGUACAAGAUCCCCAUCGACACGUUGACUUUUGACUACGAUGUGCUCAAGGUGGAGACGAAGACAUCGCCUCCAGACGACGGAGUCUACUGCAACGGACUGUUCCUGGAGGGCGCACGCUGGGAUUGGCGCGAGAAUACGCUGGUGGAGCAGUUCCCCAAGGUGCUCAUCUAUGCCAUGCCCGUGAUCUUCUUCAGGCCCGUGGGCCUGGCUGAUGUUAUUGAAGGAUCACGCUACCGCUGCCCUCUUUAUAAGACUGGCGAGCGCAAGGGCACGCUGUCCACGACCGGUCACUCCACCAACUACGUGGUUCCGCUGCUGCUAAACACCCAUGUCAAGGCUUCCCACUGGGUCAAGCGGAGCGUGGCGCUCAUCUGCCAGACCAGCGACUGAGCUUCUCCGAGAUCCGUUUUAUUGUUAGUGUUCAUUAAAUUAUUUCUAUAUUGUGUACUA